GGAAAUUGUAAGCGUAUGUAUGCACUAACCGCUAGCCCUAUAUGAAAUCGUAUGGUUCAUGCCAAAAAUCAUCUGGGAAGUGAAGAUGGCUGUGGAGUGUGGAGCCAAGAAGAUAGGCCACGUAUAAAGCUGUGAAACAGCAAGUGAUGGGACGAUGGUGAGAGGGUAUGGUAUGGGUUCUCAAAUGCUGGAAAUUAUGAGACAAGGCGUCUGGGCUAGCCUGACAGGAGGCUGGUUUUACGAUCCUCAUCUCGACGUUUUUUCAAACACUUUUCAUCUUUAUGUUUGGCUUUUCUUGCUCUGCCUGCCGUUCACUAUAUAUCUUUACUUUCCACCGACAUUAUGUGUUUGGUUGGCGUAUUGUUCUUCGAUCGGAGCACUUUUUGGUACAAUAAAAUGUGUAAAUCAUGCGCUUCAUUGUGUGUACGAUACAACCGAGUGCUUGGAAGAAUCAGGUCAAGCUGUUAGUCAACAAAGGUCAGAAAGUGAAAAAAGACGCACGACGCAUAACAAAUGCAGGGAACAAUCACAGGAUCAAGUAGAUCAUGGAAUAGAACUUCAAGUUUUAAAUGGAAAAACAGAUACACCACCUGUAGAGUGCUCGUCGCGUAACUCUUUUAUCGAAUCAAAUGUGCAAAAUGCAGAUGCAGAUAGUAUUACAUCCGAAUACAAUCGAGACAAGCCUAGUUCAACUAUAGAUUUAAAAGUCGAAAUUCAUAGAAAAAAUAGCUCGGAAAGUUCAGAAGAAGCACAACAGAUGACUAAACCGAUGGUACCAAGUAUUUAUGUGCAUGAAACAGAAUUAGCUUCCGCACAGUACCAUGAACCACGUUUUCGAAAUAUAGUGAAUGAAAGACGAUUAAAGCUGCAACAGAAUGUGCAGAAAUGUGUUGUAAUUGCAGAAGAAGAUAGACAAGGAUCAAGAAAGUUAUGCAGACAUGCAUCCGAAGAAUCACGAAACCGUCAUUCGAAACAAAGUAGCCUUGGUAAAACAGGUUCUGAAAGUCAAAUAAAACAAACAAGUUCUUUAGAAUUGGAACAUCAUGGAGAUGAUUAUCCUUAUUGGAAGUCUAAUCAAAGUGUACGCCGUCUCAAUUCUAAUUCGAUUCCAAUGGAGACUCAUUUAAUGAAUGAUCAUCCACAAAGUUUAGAAAUUAUAUCAAAAAAGGAAGACGCAGAUAAAAAUAAAAUUUUGUCGCACCCGCAAUCUUUAGAGGUUAUUACAAAAAAGCCACAUCAACAACUUAUUCAUCCACAAAGUCUUGAAACGAUUGGUGCUACUAGCAAAAACAUAAGUACUACGGAUGACAAUAAUUUACCUCUUCACCCUCAAAGUCUUGAAACAAUCAAUACUAAAAAGGUAUUACCUCAAAAUACAUUGAAAAAAAACCAACUGCAGUUAUUACCAUAUCUUAGUUAUGGGUCAGAAAUAGUACACCCUAUAGCGGAACAAAGCGAUGAACAAUUUGCUAAUGAAAGCUCUGGAGGAUUCCGUGAUUCUUAUAGUCCAUUACUUACUCGGAAAACUUGCGAAACUAAUUCUACAUCUAAUCGGGAUAGAAGUCUUAGUACUAGCCGAUUCGAAGAUAGAUUUUCGAGAUUUAAUGGAGAUGGUGGUAUAGAUAAUGAUUCUGCAAACUCACGCGAUGCAUUAAUUGAAGAACCAAAGCCUGGUGUUAACAGAAGAUAUAGCAAUGCAAGCCAAAGCAGUCAUGAAUUUUCGGAUGGCGAGAGGCCCAAAGACAAACAAGAUAAAUUGAAAAGUAUAGAUGACCCAUUAAAUAUCGGAAGUGUAGUUGGAAUAGAUCGAUUGUUUGAAAGUAGUGAUUGUGCAAUGGAGUCACGAACAAAUAAAAAUAUACAUAAUAAAGAACCAGAUUCUGGUUCGUCUAGUACAACGACACUGAGUAUGGAAAACGAAGUGAAAAGAAAGUUACUUCCGCAACCAGAUACGGAUAACAAACGACAUCAAGGUGCGAUACCCAAACAAAACCGUCCAAAACCUGCAAUGGAUGCCAUAGAUGAUAAUAUUACGACUACAGAACAAACCCGGCCGAAACUUAAACGAACGCUAGAAGUGAGAAGAGAUAAAGAUAGAAGAAGGGAUAGAAGAUUUGAGCAACAAACUAGCGGUUCAAACAACGAAUUAAGUACACUUAGUUUUGCAUCUUCUUUAUUAGCUACAUUGUUGACUUCUAGCCGAGAUUUACCUGGUCAAUCCAGUACUGUGUCCGAUUUAAGACUAAGUCACAAUUCUGAAAAUCGAAAUCCACGAGCAAGACGAGGUACAUUGAAACGCUUAAUCAGACUACAUCACAGAACACGAGAUAGAAGUCGAGAAGACAAUGUUGUACCGCUCGCUGCUUUACUUGGAUUAAUAUCAAACGACGAGUGUGAUAUAGUUGCCAAUCAUAACGACACGGUAGUACCUUUAGAAGCAGUACCUUCUUUUGGAGAUGAAAAUGGACGCUGGUUGGCUUACACCUUUGACGAAAAAGGAUCUGGUGUUGCCGCCGCUGCACAAGUUCCUUCUAGUAGUAACAACAAACUAUUAAACACGUUGUUACGUCAGCAACUUAAUCAAGAUUUACAUUAUGGCGCGAAGUGGGAGCUUACAGAUUCCCUAAGCAACAGUUGUAGUAGCUUGUCUUUGAACUCUGCCGGCUUAAGUGUUAUAAUAGACACACCGCCAGUUUUAUCGAGCCCAGAAAGCAACCAAACUAAAGCACAAAAUUCACUGUCAUCAAAUUUAGUUUCUUCGAACACCGGAAGCACUAAUCAUUGUACAGUGGAAAUUUCAGAGCGAGAUUCUAAUCAAUGUACAAUAGAAACUUUAGAACGAGAUCUAUUUAAUCAGGAAAUAAUACCACAUAUGGACUCAAUGACAGAUAGAAAUGGAAGAUUACAAGGUUUAUUAGGAUAUCUUAAUUUAAAUAUUUACUCAUCAGACAUUCAUCGCCGAAUGCCACUUUUAACGUUACCACCGCAUCAAGAAGCUGAUAUAAAUACAAGUUUAUCUUGGAACCGAUUUAUUGGCAGUUUAGAUGGAUCCGAUUCUAAGCCUAAACAAGCAAGACAUUAUUAUAAAUGGAAAAUUGGCAAAUUACCGCACAUGAAAGUGCGGUUUGAUCGUUUAUUUUUAUUAGCUUUAUUAGAUCGAAAUUUGACGAUUUUUGAAACAAUCGUUUCAACGUUUUUGGCAGUUGCUGUUGCGGGAUUAGGUCUCGUGCUACUUCAACAAGGAUUCUACCAAGAUAUAUUUGCCUUUAUGUUUUGUUUCGUAACCGCCGGAUGUCAGUAUUCAUUAUUAAAAUCCGUUCAACCUGAUGCUGCUUCUCCGACACAUGGAUUUAAUCGUAUUAUAGUAUUUUCCCGGCCUAUAUAUUAUAUACUAUGUUCAGGAUUCAUAUUAAUCUUUAAUGAAUUUCUAAGAAACUUCAAAACGUCGGAAUUUCGAAUAUACGGACUGCGUGUCUCCGAUUAUGACGUUAUAUUACAAAUUCGUAAUAUUUUGUUAAUUUUCCUUUUGUGUUUUCCAAUAGUGUUUUCUUUAGGUUUAUUCCCACAAAUCAAUACCUUUUUAAUGUAUCUCUGUGAACAUGUAGAUAUUCAUUUGUUUGGUGGAAAUGCAACCACCAGUCUAGUCUCUUCGAUAUAUUGUCUUUGUCGCAGUGUCAUCACUGUUGUCGUUCUGUAUGGUUUUGCUUACGGUGCACUUACGGAGCCCAAAUCCUCCCAACAUAUUUUAUUCUCGAUUUUUGCGGGUCUACUAGUUGCUAUAUCCUAUCAUUUAAGCCGAUCGUCUUCGGAUCCUACUGUAAUAUGGGAUAUUGUAAAAACGAACUUAUGGCCGCCAGAAAUUUAUAUGGAAGAGAAAGAAGCAAAAAUCAUCGAGAAUACGACUCGUGGAGAUAAUUUGUCUGAAACAUACAAAGAAGCAAAAAUCAGAGCAUCAGGAACGAAGAAACACGUGAAAAUUAAAGUUGCUGAACAAAUGUCGGACACAGAAUUAGUGGAUCCUUUGCCUGAAAAACUAAGAGCAACAGUGAACGCAAGAUUGAAAAAUGAUUUGAUAGUAUGCGCAGUGAUAGGUACUUUGUCAUUUGGAAUCCAUUGUUCGACCGUGUUUACUGCUUUACAACCAGAACUAAACCCAGUCUUAUGGGGUAUCGUAACUUGCCUUGGAUUUCUCUUACAUUACAUUGUACCACAGCUUCGAAAACAUUCACCGUGGUUGUGCUUGGCGAGACCAAUACUACGUAGUUAUGAACAUGGACAGUUUGAAGUUCAUGAGCCAGUGAAGAUUAUGUGGUUUGAAAAAGCAUACGUUUGCCUUUCUUUCUUAGAAAGAAAUGUUCUCUAUCCGGUAGUGUUUCUAGGAGCACUCACUGAAUGUUCAUCGAAAAUCGUAAGCAAAUUUGGAGAGAGUAUUGGUGCGUUAAUUAUAAUUAUAUGUGGAUUGAAAUCCUUAAGAUCUGCGUAUUCUGAUCCAUCGACACGUUACCUAGUUCUGAUAUUUGCUGUGCUGUUCUUCAAACUAGAUUACCGAGAACUCAGUGAAACGUUUCUUGUAGAUUAUUUUAUCACAGGAAUAGCAUUUGCAAAAGUUUAUGAAUUGCUGUUAAAGAUACGAUUUGUAGUUACAUACAUUGCGCCUUGGCAAAUCACAUGGGGUAGUGCGUUUCAUGCGUUCGCACAACCUUUCUCGGUUCCACAUUCUGCUAUGCUGUUCUUACAAGCAGUCAUUUCUGCAAUCUUGAGUACUCCCUUAAACCCACUUUUGGGUAGCGCAAUUUUUAUAUCAUCUUAUGUACGUCCGGUGAAGUUUUGGGAAAGAGACUAUAAGACGAGAAGAGUUGAUCAUUCCAACACACGAAUGUCUUCGCAUUUAGACCGGAAUCUAGGCGCAGAUGAUAAUAAUAUAAAUUCGAUCUUCUAUGAGCAAUUGACGAGAUCACUGCAACACAGUCUUUACGGAGAUCUUGCUCUUGGUCGAUGGGGAAACGUGGAACAAGGCGACUGUUUUCUAUUAGCAUCCGAUUAUUUAAACUGUUUGGUGCACAUUGUUCAAUUAGGCAAUGGAUUAGUAACGUUUCAAUUGAGAGGUCUUGAAUUUAGGGGAACGUAUUGUCAACAGAGAGAAGUGGAAGCAAUAUCUGAAGGAAUCGAAGACAAUGAUAAUUGUUGUUGCUGUGAAAUGGGACAUUUUUCAAACGUAUUGAGUGUAAAUGCAGCGUUUAGCCAGCGUUGGCUGGCUUGGGAAGUUGCAAGAUCUAAAUACGUUUUAGAGGGAUACUCGAUUUCGGAUAAUUCAGCUGUUUCCAUGCUUCAAGUGUUUGAGUUUCGUAAAGUAUUGGUUACUUACUACGUAAAAAGUAUUGUCUUUUAUGCUGUAAAAUCUUCAAAAUUAAAAUAUUGGUUGGGGAAUUCCGAUAUUUCGGACGCUCUUGAAAUAUCUCUCGAUAAGAACUUCGUCGACCUUGAUCCCGUUUUCAAUAUGAACAUCGAUGAAGAUUUUGACUUUCGAGCCAGCGGAAUUACAAGAAGCAGUUUUUGUAAUGUUUAUUUAGAUUGGAUACAAUAUUGCAUUACCAAACAUGAUAAGACAGUAGAUAGAACAAGAGAAUCACCGUUAGUUUCUCUGUGUCUUGCAUUGAGUCUUCUGGGGAGACGUGUUUUGGGAGCAGCAUCUCACAAUACUGUAUCCAGCGUUGAAUUUUUUCUAUAUGGAUUGCAUGCUCUUUUCAAAGGAGAUUUUCGUAUAACAUCAAUUCGUGAUGAAUGGGUGUUACAUGAUGUCGAUUUAUUACGAAGCGUUGUAGCGAAAGGUGUAAGAAUGGCACUAAAACUACAUCAAGACCAUUUUAUGAGUCCAGAGCAAUACGUUGAAUCCUCUGCUCUUUACGAAGCUAUAGAUAGUCAUGAUAAAAAUCUUGUGAUUAGUCACGAAGCAGAUCCACUGUGGAGAAACGCUAUUUUAAACGGCGCACCCAGUCUUCUAGCUCUUAGACAUGUCCUCGAUGACGGCAUCGAUGAAUAUAAAGUAAUUAUGCUUAACAAACGUUUCCUGAGCUUCCGAGUAAUUAAAAUGAAUCGCGAAUGUGUUCGUGGCCUCUGGGCUGGACAACAACAAGAAUUAGUAUAUUUGAGAAAUAGAAAUCCAGAGCGAGGUUCUAUACAAAAUGCAAAGCAGGCCCUCAGAAAUAUAAUAAAUAGUUCUUGCGAUCAACCAAUUGGAUAUCCGAUUUAUGUCUCGCCAUUGACAACUAGUUAUGCAGAGACCAAUGAACAAUUAUGUUCUAUAGUAGGAGGACCUUUGAGCCUCGGUGUAAUUAAGCGUAAUGUGUUAAAAUUGUGGCAAAGAAUCAGAAGAAGGUGCGGUCAAGGUUGUUCAUCGGGUGGAACAGGAUCUCAAGACGAUGGAGGUUUUGGAAACAAUGGAGUAUAUGCAAUGACUACUUAUAACAUUCAUUCGGGUUAUGGUCAAUCGGGUCACAACACAUCUGGCUCGCAAUCUAUAGAUUCUGGAUGUCAAAUUGGCGAAUCAACUGGUCGUGGUUCUUUGGGAAGAGCAAAUACAGGAUCUCUUGGUGGAAAUAGAGAAUCAUUGGCUUCAGUUGGAAAACCGACUAGCUCGACGCUUGCUAGUUUGGCUGGUCUUCUUAGUAAUAGUGAUAUUAAGACCGAGACUAAGAGCGAAACAAGUUUCUCCAAUAAACUUGAGAGAGAUGAAGGUGUGAGAAAAGUUCGUAUCAUAGAUCCUACUCUAGUAUACGAUGCUAUUAAUUUGGGCCGUCGAAUAGAUGUAAUUUGGCCAGAUGAGAGAAUGAAACAACAGGGAGGUAGAUCCGGAUGGCAACAUUGGGUACCAGAAAGAGGUAUGGUAGGAUGUGUUAUUUAUCAUUGGUUCCCAAAUCAUCGUGAUCCUAAUCGACGAUCUCACGUGGAUAAAGUUAUUUUACUUGUUAAAAUUGAUGAUAAAUAUGUUCCAAUAGCGGAACAAGGUGUACGAGACAUAGGGGCAGAAGUGUGAUGAAGUAUUUUUUAACCUUCCAUUGUAAUACACACUCUGAGAAUUUUCGUACAGUCAUUUUUCAAAUCACGCAUCGCGAAUGUUAAUAUAAAUGCAUUAAAAAUGAAGAUUUCAUUCCAAUUAUAAAGUAAAAAAUACAAAAAUUUUUGAUGGACGAUUAUUCUUAAAAUUGUAAAUAACGAAAAUCGACGAAUUUUAAAACGUUUGUUAAUUCCAUUAUAAUAUAUAGCUUCAAAAUACUCUCCGCUAUGCAGUUUUUGAAAAAUUUUCAUUCGCUCAAUAUUUCUUUUAUAUUCAUUUGCUCCUGUAUUCUUUCUUCGUUACAAUAAUUAUUCGGUAGAUGCAAUUUUCUGGACAUACUUAAAAAAUAUAUUAUGAAAUUCAAAAGUUUGCGCAAACGAUAAUUAAAAUUGUUGCCACUUGCAACUAUGAUGGAAAUAUUACCGAGAAGACUAAUACCAAUCACCAAGUUAUUCAAUCCAAAGUAAAUUGUAUCAUGUUGUAUUAUACUAUGUAUCAUAUAACUAUUAGAUCGUUUAGUAGUUAUGAAAACUGGAUGUUACUUGUUGUUGACGAACUAUCAACACAAUUGGGUAUAUUCAGGUUUCACUAAUUAGUAAAGAGAUCCAUAUUUUUUUUUAGCACAAACAAUUAUGUAAUAUAAAUUAUACAAACUUGAUUCACAAGUAGCCACUAUACAAUUCUCUAUAAUUGAGUAUUUUUCUUUGUUCGAUGUAUAUGAAAAUGAAGAAAGUAUAACAAUUAUUAGCUGUAUCAGCAAGUAUUUAUACAUAUUUUUAAAUUAGAUUCUGGACCACAGAGUUUGCUAUAAAUUAUCAUGAAUUGCAUUGUUAAUUAGAAAAUGAAAUAGAAAUAAUGCUUUGGCAUUAUUAUUGUCGAAUAUGCCCAAUAACAACAAGUAACAUCUAUAGGAAUUUGUAUAUAAUGUCAUUCGUGUUUUUCUACAUUUUGUUACAUUUUUUUUAAACUACUCGAUAUAGAUAAGUUGUAAAUAUACGUAAAAUUUCUGCAAGAUUAAAGCGUCCAAACGUAUUUACUGAACGUGUAAUUUUGCGGAGUCAUACAGUUGGCUCUGCAGAACAUAUCGGUGCACUAAUAGCAGUGUAAUAUAUGUAUAACUCGAACAACUUGGUUUGUAUAUCUUUAUUGUAUGAAAAUUAUGAUGAACACAGUGGUGUAUUUACAUUUGAUAUGUAUUUCAUUAUAAUAUCCAUUGAAACUAAUGCAUUAAAAUAAUGAAACACUAUCAUAAAAAAAAUAAAAACCACAUGCCAUGUAAAAACUUAUCAUGUGUAAAUG